UUGGCUAACAGCUGUUUUGUAUCAAGAUUGUGCUGUCGAUCGCAUCUCUUGCUCUGCAUCUUGCCACUGCUGGAGGCGCCUUCUGUGCGCAGCAGAGUGCGCCACCAUGCCGGAGGUCAUGUCCAUCGUGAAAACUCCCAAGGAGGCGUUCCAGGGCAUGGUGGACAAGGGCGUGGGGAUGGGCGGCGACUCGUCCAUCAAGAUCUUCCACCAAUCCUUCUAUGCGGGUUGCUACAUUGGCUUCGGUGGCAUGCUGUCGAUGGUGGUGGCUGGCGGUCUGAAAAGCGCAGCCGAGGACAACCCGACCAUUCAGACCUUUGUGUUCGCUGCGCUCUUCCCUGUGAACCUGCUGCUCAUCCUCCUCACAGGUGGGGUGCUGAUCACGGGCACUGCGGCGACCGUGCCUGCCGCGGUGUUUGAAGGCAAGCUGCCCCCUGUGCAGAUCGCGAGGACGUUUGCGCUGGCUUGGCUGGGCAAUCUGCUUGGCGCCUUGCUCUUCGCCGGCUUUGUCACGGCCUGUAACUUGAACGUGGGCCUGACCAGUGAGCUUGCGAUCAAGGUGGCUGAGAAGAAGAUCAAGGAGAACUUUGGGGUCACCUUCCUCAAGGGAAUCGGCUGCAACUGGUUGGUGUGCAUGGCUGUGUUCCUGCAGGGCCAAGCGCAGGACAUGGUUGGCAAGAUGGUGGGCAUCUGGUUCCCCAUCUCUUGCUUCGUGGCCAUCGGCUUCGAGCAUAUCCCAGCCAACAUGUUCAUGAUCCCCAUGGGGAUGAUGGCCGGCGCCGACGUGUCCGUGCUAGAUUGCCUCUGGAGGAAUUUCAUCCCGGUGACCCUCGGGAACAUCUUUGCAGGUUCCAUCUUCGUGGGCGGUGGCUACUCUUUCGCCUUCGGCAGGUUAGGCAGCUCGCCGAUGUUCAACAUGCCCACGAAGGAGCAGGGUCCCUGAAAGGAGCAGCAGGCCACUGGCAACGCGGUCGAGGUUCCACCUGAAGCGCAGGGCCCAUGAUUGCGUCUUAUCAUACUGUACAGUUGCCGUCUGGCAUUUAAAUCGUGCGGAGUAAUUUUUUGAUCAGGAUAGUUGUUUUACCACGACCCCCCCCCGCUUCAGCUGUCGGCAGCCAGCAGGUUUUCGGAGUUGACGUCUUCUCACCGACGCCCAGGCACCGCUAGGUGUAUGGUUUGUCAGUCAGUCAUACGUCCUCUCACCGACGGCAUCUGCUCCGGUUUGAAUGUAGAAGCCGAUUUCUUCAUCCCAUGUGCCAUCUCACUCCUGCGAGGGUCCGAAGUUACUCUUUCGGAGCGGUAGCCAUGGGGUUGGCGAUAGCGGCCCAUAUCGUCAUCUAAUGUUGCAUUUCUCCAUUUGGUGUCCGCCUUUGACCAGAUGUGCUUCGAUGGAAGCUGCAUCCACGUGGCAGAAGCCGCCACAGGCUUCGCCAGAGGGUAAGCGCUCUCGCGUGGACUGUUUGUGCCGACAUGCUUGUCUGAAGCACUGAGCGCCGUUGCAUACAAAGUUGCACAACUUGCGUACGCUAUGGACAGUCUGAAGCCACAUCUCGAUAUUCUGAGCUUAAGGCCUUAGAUGUGGCUCGUCGGAAUAGGUAGAUGCUGGGCAUGACGAAUCCUCACGGUGCCGUUGUGGCUCGUGUAGAACAUUUGUGCAGUUGCUGGGAAUUUUUGUAGACGCAUGUACGCGGCGCCACGGCGAGGUCCACGUUUUGAACACCAGGCGCAUUCCCCAUGUAACCGUUGGGACA